AUGGAAAAUCUGUAAACAUGUAAAUUAUAGUAUUUAAAAUUAGAACUAAUGUAAGAUAAAUUUAAGCAAGUCCUCGGAUUUUUCAAAAAAUAGAAUAGAUCAAAUAUUCUGAAUUAUGGGGAAAUGGCAGAUCUCAACUUAAGAAGGUGCAAUAGUUCGUUAUUAAUUGGAGAUUAUAAUAACUCAUAGAAAUAGGUGGAUGCUACAAUGAUGUUGGAUUAAAAGUAGGAUUAUGGAAAGAGUUAAGUAAGAGUUAUUGGAUGUAAAAACAUUGUUAUUAAAACAAAUAGAAAGGUUCAAAUUUAUGAAGUUGGAUUCUAUUUCAAUCAUUUAAGGGUCGGAAGAUGGAGUUUGAUCAUGAAUGCUGACUUGAUGUAUUCAAAACUUUUAUCUAAUUAGUGGUGGUGGGUAUUAUAACUUACAUGGCUAAAAGCAUGGUAAAUGGAGAGAAAUAAGUGAUGACUUCACAAAGUAUAAAAAAAUCAAUAAUUAGCCAAUGUUUAGUGAUUGAAGAUGGAGAAUACAAAAAUGGUAAAAAAGUAGGCAUAUGGGAGAUAUUUUUAAGCUAAAAGGAGAUUAUUAAUUUAAACUUAUGUAAAAUAUCAUAAAUAAAUAUUUAAUAAUUUAGCGGUUUUGGAUAGUAUUUUGAUUAAGGAGAAGCCGAUUCCGCAAAAGAUGGAAAAUGGUAUGAAUUGGGUAAGGGGUUUUCAGAGUAUUCUUAAAUUACUCUUUUUGGUUCAUAUAAAAGGGGUAAAAAAAUCGGUUAUUGGAGGGUUAAAUAAGAUAAGCAAUUAAUGUAAUAUAUUAAAUUAUAAAAAAAUUUCAAAUUGCCCUUAGUGAAGGUGGAGGUUAUGAGGAGCUUAAUGGAUAAUAAGAAGUUAAGAAUGGAAAAUGGAUUGAAACAGUUGAUGGAGAUCAUUCAAUAAUUUAUACUGGGGAAUAUAGAAAUAAUUAAAAAAUUGGGAGAUGGGAGAUUUUUUCCAAGAUAGGUUUUAAUAAAACCCUUUGGUUGGUGUAUAAAUUCACAGCUUAAUAUUUAGCGGAGGAGGAACAUAUAAUUUCUAAUAAGAAUAAGGCUCAGUUAAAAAAGGAAAAUGGAUAGAGUUGCAUGAUAAAUUUAGAAAGGAAUGUUAAGUCACUUAUACUGGGGAAUAUAGAAAUAAUAAGAAAAUUGGUCAAUGGGAUACAUUUUAUUAUGAUGGGCGAAAUAAUAAUAUUUAAAUGUAAUUGAUUUUACUUCUAUAAUUUAGAGGGGGAGGGACAUACAGAGAGAAGGAUUUCAUUAAGAUUGGUAUAUGGAUAGAAUUGAGUGAAAAUUUUCAGGAAUAUUCUGAAGUAACAUAUUGUGGGGAAUAUUAAAAUAAUAAUAAAGUUGGCAGAUGGGAUAUUUGGUAUAAAAAUCAUUAUGAUUAGAAAAAUGAAUAGAUGUAAUUAUUGUGAAUUUAAUCCUAGUGGCGGAGGAACAUAUUCGGAAGUGAAACAAUUUGGCUCAAUCAAGAUUGGAACAUGGAUUGAAUUAAGUGCAAGCUUCUAUUAUCAUAAACAAACCAUAUUUUAAGGUGAAUAUAAGAAUGGUUUUAAAAUAGGGUAAUGGAAGCGGUUCUAAUAUGUGAUAAUAUCUUUUAAUUCUGGUAUUGUAAAUUUUAAUUCAAUUUUCUUAGUGGUUUCGAAUAUUUUGAUUUACAAGGCUAUAGGGUAUAUGAGAGUGCUAGGUCAAUUAUAUAAUUAUUUUAGAAAUUCUUUCUUUAUUUUUUCAGGAGAAUUUAGAAAUAGAAAAAAAGUAGGUAGAUGGGAUACUUUUUAUAGAUAAUUUAGAAAGAAUCCUUAUAAAUUAAUGUAAAAUAAUAUCCUUAAUUAUACUAGAGGUGGAGGAGAAUACUAAGAAGUUGAAGAGGAUCACUCUAUUAAAAUAGGAAUGUGGAUUGAGUUAAGCGAAGGAUUUUAUGGCCAGGCAUAAAUCACUAAUAAUGGUGAAUACAAAAAUGGAAAUAAAAUAGGUAGAUGGGGUAUUACUUACAAGAAAAGUGAGCUAGAAAGUUUCGAAUAGAUGUUAGCAAUAAAAAUAUAUAAUUAAGUGGUGGAGGAAUGUAUGCGUCGAUGGAAAAUCUAGGAUCAAUUAAAAUCGGAAAUUGGAUUGAUUUGAGCGAAAGGUUUUAUAGUGGAUCCCAGGUAAUCUACAGUGGUGAUAUAUAAACGGCAUUAAAUUUGGGAAUUGGAAUUUUUUGUAUAGAAAGGACGGAUAAGAUAAAUUCGAAUCUAUGUAUUCAAAAGAUAUAUUAAAUUUAGAGGAGGUGGUUUAUAUGAUGUAAUUAAAGAUAAAGGCUCAAUUAAAAUUGGAAAUUGGAUUGAACUGAG